GUUUCGUACUAUUUGUUGCCUAAACAUACAUUGCGCUUUCUAUUUUCAACAUUCCCUCUCUUUUGAACUCUGCAAUUCUCUCUCAAAGCUCCAGCACAAAUGAAGAAGGUUGUUUUGAAGUUGGGUUUGCAUGAUGACAAAGCCAAGCAAAAGGCUUUAAAGACGGUCUCAACUCUUUCUGGAAUUGAUUCCAUUGCCAUGGACAUGAAGGCAAAGCAGUUGACACUGAUUGGAACAGUGGAUCCAGUAAACGUGGUGAGCAAAUUACGCAAGUACUGGCCAACUGACAUCGUAUCAGUAGGACCAGCAAAGAAACCAGAGAAGAAAGAGGAGCCAAAGAAGGAAGAACCCAAGAAAGAGGAGGAACCAAAGAAAGAAGAACCCAAGAAGGAAGAGAAACCAAAGAAAGAAGAGCCUAAGAAGGAAGAGCCGAAGAAAGAAGAACCCAAGAAAGAGGAAGAGGAGAAGAAGCCGCCGCCGGACCCCGUUUCGGAGCUUGUCAAGGCCUACAAAGCAUACAAUCCCCAUAUGACAACUUACUACUAUGUUCAAAGCAUGGAAGAGAAUCCAAAUGCUUGUGUUAUUUGUUGACAUAGAAAAUGGUAAAGGGAAAGAUAACUUUCUCUAACUAGUGAUGGAUUUGAAUGUCGUCAAUCAGAAUAGAAGGUAAACCAAAGAAAAC